UUAACAAAGAAUGUCCGAUCAGGAUAUUAAUCGACUCAUGUUGUGUUUUUUGGCCUAAAGUUUGCCGAAAUAUAUUUAGCCAGUCAUAAAAAAAAAUAAUAUCGUAACUUAUUUUACUUCUUGGACACAAACUGCAAACAACAUAUUUCAACAGCAGGGGGAGAGCGCAUGCAGCAAAUGAUGUGGUCUGCCUCUAAUGUCAGCCAAGGGCCCGCACAGUGGAUCAGUCUUUCCGGGGUUCAAACAGCAAGACUGGAGUGCUUGAGGAGAGUGAAGGACCACCGAUGACCGUUUGGUAAUAUACCUAUGCAACGUUUGCAUUAACAGCAAGUGUACCGCCUUUCAAAGGAGCGUCCAGUGCAUCACUUACACCAAGUGAACCGGUGAACUACUGACGUUUCAUCGGCUAACAGUUCACAGCUAAAUAGUUAGCCACGGCCGGAGACAGGUAUGUCUGAAGUUAGUCUUGAGGCUGAAUCGGGGAGGACCUCAGCCGAGGACCCUCAGAUGGAUUGUGAGGAGGAAGCUGACAAAGCAGAGGAGAGUUUGAGUGAGGAUGUAAAGCAAGAGAGUGUAGACAACAAUAGGGGAGGAUAUGACCGAGAUGAAGUGAUGUAUGACAUUGAUAUUAAUUCAGAAAACAGUGACAAGGAUGUUCAGGAGGAGGAUGACGGGAUUCAGAGUAAGAGUGUGGUGACCUGCGGCGACGGUGAUGCUGCGCAUAAGGCUGACAGUGUAGACAAUGAGGCACACGAGACAAAUCAUCAUGCUGAAACACCAGAGGAAAGUGGAGAUUUGCGCACCGAAACAAAGGAAAGCAGAAUGGCUGAGGAGUUCCAUAGAAGCUCAGCCGCUGAGAUCCCAGUCACCAACAACGGAGACCUGGAUCAGAGCCCUGAGACAGUUUUCCAGAGGGAGUCUUACCCCAGUGGUCCUGGGGCCCUAAACCUUUCAGAGUCCUGUGUCACUCCUAGCAACUUUGCGUCAACAACAGAGGGCAUCAUUGAAUCAGGACCAUACAAAGGGUCAGCAAGCCUGCCCACGUCUCCCGUGGCACCAGUAGCUCCCAGCUCAGCUGUUGCUAGCCGCCUGGCACGCUCUUCCAGCGAUAGUCAGGCUGAGAAAGGCGCGAUGAACGCACAGGCCAACAGUGGAGCAGUGGUCCUUUCAGAUGACUUAAAGAAUCCUGCCAUGGAAAAACUGGACCUUGUGAGAAAGUGGAGCAUCAACACAUAUAAAUGUACCAGGCAGAUCCUGUCAGAGAAGUUGGGUCGGGGCUCCAGGACUGUGGACAUGGAGCUCGAGGCUCAAAUCGAAAUCCUCCGUGACAACAAAAGAAAGUACCAGAAUGUAAUCAAACUGGCUCAGACGCUGGCCAAUCAGCUGUCCCAGAUGAUGCAGACGCAGAGGCAGCUGGGCGACGCCUUCGCCGACCUCAGCCUCAAGUCACCAGAACUCCAUGAGGAGUUUGGUUACAACGCUGACACCCAAAAGCUUCUGGCCAAAAAUGGAGAGACACUGCUGGGUGCUAUCAACUUUUUCAUCUCCAGUGUUGACACACUCGUGGACAAAACAAUCGAAGACACCAUGCUAAACAUCAAACAGUAUGAAAAUGCCAGGGUUGAGUAUGACGCAUACCGUACAGACUUGGAGGAGCUGAAUCUGGGCCCACGUGAUGCCAGCACCAUGCCCAAGAUUGAGCUGUCCCAGCAGCAGUUUCAGGUCCACCGCGAGAAGUAUGAAAGGAUGCGAAAUGACGUCUCCAUCAAGCUGAAGUUCCUGGAAGAGAACAAGGUGAAGGUAUUGCAUAACCAGCUCAUCCUGUUCCACAAUGCGAUAGCCGCAUACUACGCUGGAAACCAACAGCAGCUGGAACAGACGCUCAAGCAGUUCCACAUCAAGUUGAAAAUGCCCGGUGGGAACAGUCCAUCCUGGCUGGAAGAGCACUAAUCAUUCCUUUUUUGGAGCCAUCAUGGCUCAGUUUGACAGGAAAUGUCAAAUUCUACAGAAACUACAGGACCCAACCCCACACACACACACAAACACACUUUCGACUGUAACUGCCUUUCAAACUUGUAAAUCUUUUCGCUCAGUAUACAAAGUGAAAAAAAAAUCCUCCCAAUUUUCUUUUUCUCAUUAAUUUCACCUUGCAGGUAUUUUAAAUCAUAGGAAUUGCACUUUUAUACAGUUUGACAAAUCUGUUGAACGGGAGUUGCUGCAGUAAAUGCAUUUGGAAAGUGGAAAAUGGCCUUUUGUAUUCCAGCAUAUGAAUGUUGUAUCUCAGCACAGCGGACAUGUUGGCUCUGUAAGGGCAACUCUUAUCAGUUGACUGAGAUGGGGAUGAAUGCUUUAUGAGCAUAACCAGGAGGUGUCAGCAGACUUUGUGCCUGAACCCUCUGAUGAGUUUACUUUGCACCUGUUGUGAUAAACGGGAAAAAAAAGGACAUUCAGAUCCUGAGUCAUGCAAACUGGUCUCUCUUACCAGCAAACUCUAAUUAAAGUGGUAUUUUGGGAAAUAUGCUUAUUUAUCUUGCUGAGAGUUAUACGUGAAGAUCAACAACGCUAUCGUAUUGCCCCUGUUGACAGUCGUACAUGAAAGUUUGGCAUGAAGACUGGAAAUGAGGAAACCAUGAACCCGUCUUUGUUCAAAGGUGAAACAUCAUGCCUGCCAGCACCUCUAAACAUCACUAGUACAAAAACUGGUGGGGUUAUGUGACUCAGGACAGAGUAAGGCAAGCUGCUUCCACCCUGUUCCUGGUGUUUUUGUGCUAACCCACUGCAGGCUGUAGCUACACAUUUAACAUACACACUUGACAGCAGAAUCAAGAUUUUCAUUUAACUCUGAGCAACAGAACAAAGAUUAUUCCCCAAAAUGCCAAACUGUUCCUUUAAAUUGAUGUGUAAAAGUCAUAUUGCUGGUUGCUCACAUCAAACCCUGCAUGUUGUGAUAUGAUUAUGUUGACGCAACACUUCUUUUAAUCAAUAUUACCCUCUUUUUUUUUUUUUAUUUUAGCAUUACCCUAUUUCAUCUACUUUCCAUGGCAUGUGACUGAAUGGGUGGAAGUGUUGAUUCUCUAGAUUUUAGAGAAAAUGAAGGACCAGCCUUAUGUGACUAAAUGUGCCUUGCUUUCAUGAAUUUGUUCUUUUCUUCCCUUCUGUGUUAUUAUAUGUGGUGUUGUUGUUUAAAGCAGGCGCUUUCACUACCAGUUUUAUGGACCAACUCUUGCAGCAAGAGAACGGACCAAACAUGCACACACCCACACACACACACACACACUUCGAGGACGUAUACUUAGAGCCUGUAUAUCCUGCACAACAUGUUAAAACACUCCGCACAACACAAAGCGAUGUGAUGAUACUCCGGUAACUCCAGAAUGUCUAAAUCUAUUUUAAGACUUCUCAAAGAUAUUUAUCCGUAUUGCACAUAAUGCAUAUUUAUGCAUUUAAGAUAACAAAAACUAAGAACUGUAUGAAAUGGAAAAGGUGAAAACCAAAAUGAGAUUAACUUGAAACUUUUUGUCUUUUGUAAAUUUGAAAGACCAGCAUCUUUUGCCUGAGCUGCUUACAUUUUCUUUAAUUGGGCUACAUAAAAGUAUAUUUUUCAAAGAGGACGUAUUGAAUGCUGGUAUUGGUAACCAGCUGUCAUGUCCUCACUGUGUUCAUUUGUACUUUUUCCUAUGGCUCACCACAACAUUUUGAGAGUGUGAACCUUGUACAAAAACAAUCUGUUGUUUCCCUGAAAUAGAUGGAUAUAUAUUUGUAAUUCCCCCCCGAAGACCUACAGAAACAUGCUAGUGUAUCUCUACCUUUAAAAUAAUGAAACGUUAACAAGUGCUGAGUUGAGGAAGGAUUCUGAAUUUUGUGUAACCUCCUUGGGAAAAUAAAACUUUUUUUCUUUAA